AUGCAGCAGCAGGUACAGCAGCAAAUGCAGCAGCAACAGCUGCAGCAGCAACAAAUGAUGCAGCAACAGCUGCAGCAGCAACAGCUGCAGCAGCAGCUUCAGGAGCAGAUGCAGCUGCAGCUGCAGCAACUAAAGGCCGGCCAGACUCACACGAGCACUGCAAGCGAUGCAGUGCUAGUGGACACAGAAAGAGCCAAGCAAGCCGAAAGCAGGCUGCGGGCUACAGAGGCCGAGCUGGCAAAAGCAAACACUCGGAUGAACACAAUUGUGGGCGGUCUUCAAAAGAUGAUGGCCAGUCUGCAGGAGGAGGAGGAGGAGGACGAGGAGGAACAGGAGGGGGACAGCACCACGAUAGACCCUCCACCAAAAGGAGGCAACAAGCCCCCGCCCACUGAUGUGGAGUUCGUGGACCCUGAGCCUGCUGCUCCGAGCGGUGGUGACCCAUCCGAUCCUGUCCCGGCGAUCCCCGACUAUUUCGAUCUUCGGCCCUGCCGUGCCUGCCAUCAGGUAAGCUAUAACCGGAAGGAUUUAUGUGUGAAUUCUCGCUGUGAGCCUUGA